AUGCCUCGUGAUCGUGUGAUCUUCCGUUCGAUACGAUCACUGAUCACUCUAUCACCUCAUCGAUCGUCGGUCAUGGACAAUUACUUGGGUGAUCAACUGCCCUCCUCACAGUUGGAGGGGACAAUUAUACUGCCGAUACACGGCUACCUAAGUGGCCGUUCCACUAAUACCGCUUUGAGUGAACUGAUUUAUGCUGUUGAGGGCUCUCUGGAGGCGAAAGAAGUUGCGCUAUGUGCCUUUAUUGACAUCUCUGGGGCAUUUGACAGCACCAAUUUUGACAUGGUACUCGAAGCUUCACGUAAUAAGAACAUCAACCAGUUCAUUAUAGACUGGAUGACGGCAAUGCUCAGAUCCCGUACGGUAGAAACCGGAGAAGGCCAAGACCGAGUGGCAGCUCGGGUGACUCAGGGAUGUCCACAAGGUGGGGUGUUAUCACCACUAAUGUGGUCCCUGGUCAUCGAUGGACUUCUUACAGAAUUAUCUGAAAACGGGAUCAGAGCUACAGGAUAUGCUGACGACUUAGUCAUCAUUAUAAGGGGUAAGCAUGAUAAGAUAAUUUCAUCUUGCAUGCAACACGACCUAAAUAUCAUCUCGAAAUGGUGUCAAAAUGCGGGACUGAAAAUCAAUCCCUCCAAAACUACCUUAGUACCUUUUACAAGAAGGCGUAAGGUAAAUCUCGAUAAUAUCCUUCUAGAAGGAACUAUUAUUGAGAUCAAGCAAGAAGUUAAAUAUCUAGGGCUCAUGCUUGACAGCAAAUUGACCUGGAACGCACACAUUACGUGCAUUACCAAUAAAUCCAUAAAAGCCCUUUGGACAUGUCGUAAAAUGGUUGGUCAAAAAUGGGGUCUGAAACCCCAUAUCAUCGUUUGGAUUUAUGAAUCCAUUGUUAGACCAAUCAUAGCAUAUGGCUGCCUAGUUUGGUGGAAGAAAACCCAACAAACUAAGGCCACAAACCAACUCCAGAAGGUACAAAGGCUCGCUUGCCUUGCUGUAACAGGGGCCAUGAGAUCUUGCCCAACUGCGGCAAUGGAAGCUAUCCUAGAUAUAAACACCCCAGUUGAAGUGGGACUGCAUGAUCUCAGAAUCAAAAGACCGCUGAUCGGGAACAAAUUCGAGGUAGCAAUACUCAACAGACAAGAUGCACUCCAACACAUCGAUGAAUCGAAAGAUCAUUGGUAUACGGACGCGUCUAAAAUGGAAUGUGGAUGUGGUAUAGGCAUUGUUGGCCCUGACACAUAUAUUUCACUCCCCCUGGGUGCUGACAUCUCAGUCUUUGAGGCAGAGAUAAUGGCCCUGGUAUUCUGUGCUGCAGAAUGUGGGAGGAAGUAUACAGAUUCCACCACUAUUAAAAUAUUAUCAGACAGCCAAGCGGCUCUGAGAGCUCUAAUUGCCCCCAUAUGCUCAUCAAAACUAGUUCUUGAAUGUAGGCAAGAACUGAACAAACUGGCUGAACGACAUCAAGUAAUUCUUACUUGGGUCCCUGGCCAUUCGAAUGUGGAGGGCAACAACACAGCAGAUUCUUUGGCUAAAUCUAGUGCCAAGACACCCUUCAUUGGUCCAAUGCCUACUUGCGGUUAUUCUGGGAGCCGUAUCAAGCACCUUCUCAAUGAGAAGGCGACCAAUGAGCACAAAGUACACUGGGCUAAGCAGCCUGGUCUCCGGCGUGCUAAGUUAAUCCUGGAGCCAGACGGCAAAUGGAGAAAAGAAAUUCAAAAUCUCAACAAAAUACAGCUAAGAUUGCUAGUUGGCCUGCUCACGGGACACUGCGCUCUUGGCUCCCACUUAAAAAGAAUGGGCAUUAGCACGGAUGAGACUUGCCGAUAUUGUCUGGAAGAUGAAGAGGACAAUAUUCACAUCCUGUGCUACUGUCCGGCAUUUGGGAUACAGCGGAGAAUUUCACUGGGCGACUCUGUCUGCCCCGCCUCUGUCAUCAAAACGUCUCAAUCUGGAGCUUUACUGUCCUUUAUUAAGGGCGCCAAAAUAGAGCUCUAA